AGUACCCCUUUAAGUCUUAUGUACAAGGUUGAUUACAUGGUACGGAGUGAGACCGACAUGCGCACCAGGGGAUACUCGCGCUGCUGGCGUCCCUCCCGUGAUCGCUCUCACAUCGAUCCCAUUAACCUGGAGGUGUAGGAUUGGUAUUCGGACCAGGGAACAACACCAAGGAUAAAAAAAUUAAAAAAAAUACUCGCCUGCCACCGAUCCCCACUACUGCUCAUCAAUGCUUUCAUCUCGAUAUCCAGGAAAUGGCCACUUAGCCAAUCACAUUGUUACAAUCACAUGUCUAGAGGAUUGGCCGGAGGUAGUCCCAUUAUGCCUUCUUGUGUUGUCAAGGGUUGCUUUUGCACAUGGAAGUCCAGACACACAGACAUCAUCCUUCACAUCUUCCCAAACAACCCAGCAAUCAUAAGGCUAUGGUUACAGCAGACGGGUCGAGUGGGUGAAGAUUUGGAGGAGUUGGUGAAAAAAGUGAUAAGAGGAAAGAAGUCCGAUACCUAUCGCAUGUGCUCCAUGCAUUUCACUGACGAUUGCUACAUCCAAAACGGUGAUCGGCGUACCCUGAAAAAAAAUUCCAUCCCGACCAUAUUUCCACCAGUAUCGGCAAACCCUAUUCUAUCGACUGAAGAAGAAGGACCUAAGAGGAAAAAACGAAAAAUAUUGCAGACUACUAUGGGUGGAGUAAACCAAAGUCCUUCCACUUUGAGUGAACCUUUGUUAUAUCAUACGGCCCAAAUAAGUGGGGAUGAAACGCUGCUUCUUGAUUACCAACCCCCCUCAGAUCAAGAACCCUGUAGGGUGGGGAGUUUAGUGGUGGAUCAAGGGACCAAUACAGAUUCUGGGAAUCAUGAUAGAUUUGGAUCAGGGGGGGUCACCCCAAAACCUGGCAAAAAACAUGCACAAACACAAACCUCAGUACAAAUGUUCACACAAGAACCUGAGAUUGGGCCCAAAAGAGUUAAACACUUACCGAAGAGUCAUGGUAGGUAUCCAAAACCAGUCAAGAUAAUGGAUUCUGCCUUUCACGAAUCUGACUAUGAAGAAGAGAAGGAGGAGUCUUUCUAUGUCGAAAGCGAUGAAGAUGCCGAGGGCGAAGCCAAAAAUGGAGACUUCAAGUGUAUCUAUGAAGGUCCCAGGAGUCCGGUGCGAGAGAAAAAGUUUAUAGUGUUUGAAAGUUGCCUGAAUAAACUUCUCGCCAUGCUACGGUGCCAGGCGCAAAGUCAUUGCGAGGAUCGCGUGACACAUGUCAGGAAGAGCUUCGUAGGCUCCUCGGUUAUUGUAGAGGUGAAAUGUGCAAGUGGCCACACCAAAACCAUAUGGGAAAGCCAACCGAGACUAGGCAACCAACCGUUGGGAGAUGUUUUGGCCUCCGGCGCGGUCUUCUAUAGCGGAUCUAGUUUCCUCAAGAUUCUUCAAAUGGUAAAAUUGCUGAAUUUGAAAUUUAUUGGAAAAUCCACUUAUUAUAAGAACCAGUUGGCGUAUUUGUUUCCGACCGUAAAUCGUCACUGGCUUCUAGAGCAGCAGUCUAUCUUUACCCGCCUAAAAGAGAAACCGGUGUGCCUGGUGGGGGAUUGUCAAUGUGACCCUCCCGGCCACCUGGCUAAGUAUUGUACCUAUACCAUGAUGGAUGCCGAGACUAAAAAAAUUAUCGGCUUUCAUACACAACAGCUACUGCCUAUUCUGUCUCAGGCUCACCUCGAGAACAUAGCAUUUAGAAAAUCGCUAAAUUACAUCUUAGAAAAAGGGGUCAAUGUGAAGAUGGUAACAACCGAUCGUCAUGUGGGAAUUCGAAAAAUAAUGAAGGAAAGUUAUGGCACUAUCCAUCACCACUUUGACCCAUGGCACAUGGCAAGAUCCAUUAGUAAUAAAAUUCUUGUACAGUCUAAGAAAAAACACUGUGAAGUCCUCUUGCAUUGGGCGUUGCCGAUCAGAUCACACUUGUGGUGGUGUGUAAAGACCUGCAAGGAAAACCGUGAAGAGUUAUUGGAGCGGUGGAAUUCGUUACUGUACCACGUUCUUAAUGUUCAUGAAUGGAAUUCCAAUUCUGACUACUGGAAGUGCCAACAUGAUGUACCUCGGCCUGAAAACGCCAAACUUACCAACUGGCUUUCAAAGCGCUCUUUGGCUUACUGUAGACUACGAGAUAUUGUACUCAGCCCGUCAUUGCAGAGAGACUUGAGACGAGUGUCCCUUUACUGCCACACAGACUCUCUGGAGGUCUUUCGUAGUACGUGUCUCAAAUACCGGCCUAGGGGGUUUCAUUGUCGUAUGGAUGAAAUGGUGGCCAGGAUCCAGCUGGCAGCAUUGGACCAUAACCAGAACGUCCAAAGAGUUCACGCUGCCCUGAAGAAGUCUGGAACCGUAGGUGUUGCUGGACAGUGUGCCAAAUUUACCAAGGCACCAUUAGUGAAAUCGAUUUAUGAACGGAAAGGCCAGGACUUCGCUUUCGACUUGUUAAGAGAAGUGGUCUCUCUGGUGCGCAAGAUGGAGCGGAAUUCGUCUCGUCCUCCUCUACUGCCCAAGCCUCCAUCGAGAGAACCGAAACAUUCUCUAGCCCCAAACUUAGACAAUACUUGACAAGAACAAUGUUGUGUUUCAUGUUGAAACGUUAGCAGUACUUUAUAUGUAACAUAUUGUUGCAGUUGGGAAACUUAUCUCUCUCUCCUCAGCUGUAGGAGACUAUGAACAACUCCAAUGUUGCGGUGGAUAAUGUCUCAGUAAAUUGGUUAUGGGUAACCUUACCCUCUGCAGGAGGUGGUGUGAAAAUGUUUCUAAUUUUUACCUGUCACCAAAUAAAACUUUUAAUAUAUUGUUCCUUGUGUAAUUACCAGACACUUUCCUAUUAAUUUUGCUUUUAAAAU